GAGAGUUGAGAGUUGAGAGUUGAGACAGCUUCUUUCUGCUCCCACUUUCCGAAGAGAACUUAUCCUAAGCAUAACUUUCUCCACUGCUUGUGGCGGCGAUCAAGCAUGGUUGCCGGCAAGGGGAGGGGCGGAGCCGCCAAUUCUUCUACCAAGAAAAAUGAGAAUACUAUUCGAAGCAACCACCAAGAACACCUUCCCCUAAUCCUGGGUGCCGCGCCUUCCUCUUCCGUCAGGAAACGUGGGAGACCCCGCAAGUAUUUUCCUAAGGAGAGUGAGAGAAAAGACGUCGAUCAACGGGAACCCAUCUCCCCAGUCAUCUUGAACAGCGCCGCCGCCACCGCUACUGCCACCGCCGCUACCACCACCACUGCCAAGAAAAGUAAGAAAAAUCCCCAAAUUGACCGCCACGAGCACCUCUCCCAACUCACCCCUCUUCUCGCUUCCGCUAUCACCGCCGCCCACAGCUUCCUCGCCCAGAAUGAUCUUCAUCUUCACCCUUCCCAAACCCUAACCCUAGAAUCACUAAUCGCAGCCUCUGCCGUCUCUCUCACCAAAUUCAACUCUCUCAUCGAAACCCUCGUUCCUACCGAAACCGUGAAAAGCCUAAUAACCCCUCUGAGCUCUUCCUUAUCCUCAUCUUCCUGCUGGUUCCAGCGCUUUCUUUACGUUGCCUCCGACGACUCUGAUCCCCGCUGGAUGGAAGCCUUCCGAAUGUCCAAGCUCUCUUUCUAUCUCCUCCUUGAAACCCUUACUCGUUCACUGGAGGAUUCCGUCUCUACCUGCCCUUCCGAUUACACACUCGGAGCUGCUCUUUUCCGCUUGGCUCACGCCGCUUCCUACAAGUCUGUUGGAAGGCGAUUUGGGUUUGAUUCAGCUUCUGCUUGCCGUGCUUUCUAUACGGUCUGCAAGGCAGUUAACGAUCAAUUGUCGCAUUUGUUUGAUUUCCCUUCAGAUUUGGGGAGGAUCAUCGAGGGUUUUGGUUGGUUUUCGCUUCCUAAUUGCUGUGGCGUUCUAGGGUUCAGCAGGUUUCCUAUCGAUGGAGGAGCGUUAGGGAACAAAGACGGGGCCAUAAUUGCGCAGGGUUUGGUGGAUGCGGAAGGGAGGUUCUUGGAUGUCUCCGCUGGUUGGCCGAGUUACAUGAGUCCAGACACAAUUCUCCGCAAGACGAAGCUGUUUCAAAGAAUCGAGGAAUCAGAGGAGUUGCUGAAUGGGUCUGCGCUUGAGCUUGGCGAUGGAAAAUCAGUACCUCAGUACAUUCUGGGAGAUUCUUGUUUUCCUCUUCUUCCAUGGCUUCUUACCCCCUUUCAUAAAUCAAGCAAGGAUGAUGAUGAGCUCAAUUCCUCACAACAGGCAUUUAACUCUGCUCAUAGCACGGGAAUGGAACUGGUUGAUAAGGCGUUUGGUAGGGUUAAGGGUCGGUGGAAGCUUCUUUCUAUAAGGUGGAAAGAAGAGGGUAUGGAAUUCUUGCCAUUUGUGAUUGUUACUGGUUGUCUGCUACAUAAUUUUCUGAUGAAAUGUAAGGAGUCUCUGCCGAAUGUAAGUCAAGAAUGCUCGAUGGACAACCAAAGGUUUCCUGUGUAUGAUGGGUUAGGGAAUGAGAGUGGGGAGAGGAUCAGAGAUGUCCUUGCUUCUCACUUGAUUCUGAUGACAGAGAAGAGAUGAUGUAGUUCAAUUGGCAGAGGCAGUGGAGUUGCUACUGUGUUUUUUUUCUCUUGUUGAUAGUCUGAAUGAAUUCUGUUGAAUGUAGAGAUGGGGUUGAAGGGAUAUAAUUUUGAUUUCUUCAUUCUACAA